ACAGUAUGGAGUCGAUGGAGUACGAGGAGGCCCGGAACAUGACGCUGCUGUUCUUUCUCGAACGGUUGCUGGAUCGUGGCGAGCCGAGAACGCUGCACGAUCUGUCCUGCCAGUUCGGGGCACGUGGAUUCACCAAGGAAAUGCGUCAGAUUGCCGGUGGAAGUCAAUCAGGAUUGAAGAAAUUUCUCGCCCAAUAUCCGGCCCUGUUCGAGAUUAAUGGUGAUUUUGUGCACAUCAACUCGUACCAAUCGAGCAGCCCGGACGAUUCGUCCGUAUCGGGCAAGCGGGACUACAUCAAGGAGGCGAAAGAUUACUUCAAACACAAGCUGCUACAGUACGGUAAAGGGACGGAAGUUCCAAUCCGCAGUUUGCUGGGCCACCGGAGUCAAGCAUCGCCCCAGGUUCGCCACAUCUCCGGUCAGCAUAUACGCGAGUUUACCGAGUUUCUGCUGAAGCAUCCGGACACGUUCCAGGUGAUCGAUAACGAGAAUGUGGUGCUGGUUGGAUGUGAAGACGAGGAGGAAGUGCCAGCCUCGGAACGUUUGCAUCUACCAAACUCGACAAUCGAUACACAGGCCACGCAACAGUUGCUCGAUUCGUUUGCACAGGUGAUCGAAAUCAAGGGCCCGAUUCUGGUAGAUCAGCUGUUCCACAUGGUCACAUCGAACUUCCCCCAGGAGCAGUGGUUCCACAUGUUUAAGAAUCCGAGCGAUCUUAAGACGUUUCUGAAGCUGUUUUCCGAUUGCUUUCACAUCCAAUCGAAUCUAGUCACGCUGCUACAGAAACCGAAGCUUUCGGAUGCACACAUCCGACAGGCGCAGGAUAAGCUCAACCUCUCCAACAGCACGUUCGGUAGCAGCAGCACGCAUAGUAGUUAUAGCUUAAGUAACAUGACCGGCACGUCAGCCGGCAGCCCCCAGAACAGUCUGCAAACGUUCGGUGGCAGCGGUAGCAUCGGUGGGUUUGGCAGUGCGAACGGUAGCAGCAACACGAGCCGGACAGCUUCACCCAAAAACAUGAUCGGAGAUUUCAAGCUGAACGAACCGGUUUCGGUGGGGCUGGUCGGUGGGAAUGCGGGUGCGGUCAACAAUGUGGCAUCGCUUGCGGCCAACAGUAAGAGUGAACCCAACAGUGGGUUUGACAGUUUGCUCAUAACGAACGAUUUCAAGAUGGAAAGUUUGUGCCCUCGGAACUGUCCAACGGUGACGAGUUAUGCAAAGGCAUCGCUGGUACCUCCCAAAGGAAGUACGAACGAUGCGGGCACCAACACAACGGUAUCGUCCGGUGGGAAUGCGGUGGAGGUGACGAAUAAUGGACGAAGCACUGGUGUGAACGAGAGGAUCGCUAACCACCAACAGACACAGCAACAACCGGCACAGCAGCAGCAAACGGCCGGCGCUCCAAAUCCUAAGAAUCAAACACUCAAACAACGAAUCAACAGUCUCGUGAUUAAAACACUUGCCGAAAAUCUGGAAAAGGACAAACACUCGAUGAGUGCGAUACAGACGACGACACAGCAGCAGCAGUCGAUUGGCUCAACGGGUACGGGAACGGCGGGUGCUGGCGGUAACGCGGGAGGACAAUCAGGUGCGAUGUCACCAACUCCACCAGCAACGGCAGGUGGAAAUCCGGUCCAUUCGAACAACUAUUUCAUCGGUGACACGUGGAAGAUCAAGGUGCUGCAGAAUACGCGCGUAAUCUCCACCGUCAAGGAGUCACUGUUCGUCACGAAUGCCAUCCUGAAGUCGGCCCUCGAAGAGCAGGCGAUAGUAUCGUUCGACUGCGAGGGCAUUAAUCUGGGCGUUCGAGGACAAAUCACCAUGGUGCAGCUUGGUACGACGCGUGGCGAAGCGUUCAUCUUUGACAUUGCCACCUGUCCGGAUAUGGUGGUCGAGGGUGGUCUGAAGGAGAUACUGGAGUCGGAAAAGGUGAUCAAGGUGAUACACGACUGUCGGAACGAUUCGGUCAAUCUGUUCAAUCAGUUCCAAAUUCUGCUCCGAAACGUCUUCGAUACUCAGUCGGCGCACGCUGUGCUACAGUUCCAGGACCAGGGCAAGCAGGUGUACAAGGUGAAGAAUGUGUCCCUCAAUACGUUAUGCGAGAUGUAUAAUGCGACCGUGAAUCCGAUGAAGGAUCAGCUGAAGAACGUUUAUCGGCGUGACCAGAAGUACUGGGCACGGAGGCCAUUGACCAGGGAUAUGCUGCUGUACGCUGCCGGAGACGUGCUGAUACUGAUCAACGAACAGCUGUACCUCAACAUGGCAACAUCCAUCAGGCCAGAAUAUCGCGAGCUGCUGUCGGAGCUGUGUACUGAGCAGAUUUUAAUGCUAAUCCGCCCAGUGGACGUAAAAAUGCGCAAGAAGCAGCGUAAGGUACGGUCGGAAAUACAGGACCUGAAGGUGAAGCUGAAAUCGGCCAGCAAAAACAUCGUCCUAAGCAACAGAGAAAUCCGACUGUUGAGGUACAUGGAUCUAACGGAAGAGGAAAAGGAAAAGCUACGGGUGUCGUACAAGGUGGCAAAGAAGCUGGACAAGCUGGAGAACUACGAUCGAGAUCGGUGCGAUCAGAGCGAUUCGGAUGAUGAGUGUGAUGUUACGGAGCAGGAUUACCAAAGCAUGGACAGUGUACCGUCGGACAAUUCGUUGCCGGGUACGGGGACGGGUACGGCUGGCAGUGGCACAUUCUCACCGAAGAACUCGGAACCGCCCAGCCUGACGGAAUCGAUGCAGCUGAUGGAUGAAAUCCUUUCCAACACGACAAUGGAUCGCAUGGCAAAGAUUGAUAAGCUGGAAGCGAUCCUGUCUGCCGCCACACUGCUGCCAAACGAUCAGUCCUUUGCUGACACAAUGUCCAGCUUCAAUGCCAAUACGAUCGUAGUUACUAACGACAAUAUUCUACAGCCUGCAAAGGAAAAGGACGCCAUCAAUAAAGGCCGUGUGAGCACCAAACCAAGCUCGAAAAUCGCCGCACGCCUUCAACACUCGAUCACUCCACCGCCACCACUAGCAUCGUCCGGUUUGGGUGCGUACCAUCACCAACACCACAACCAACCGCCACAGCAACCGGUGUUGCCGCCGAAGGAAAUGAAGGAAGCAGCCUGCCAGACGCUCAGCACGGGUGACAUUGUGAUUACGAAGAUAUUCUUCAAGGAGGACCAAGACAAGAAACAAGCCGCUCAAUCAGACAAAACGGUGGCAGCCGAAUUGCUCAAGAAGAACGGUACGACGGUGGCUGCUACUGCCGGUACCGGUGGCGAGCUACUGAUGAACGCAUCCAGCCCGCAACCGCAGGCUCAAAGUGCUUAA